CGGGGAUCUUGACGCGGCAGUGACCGCGACUAGGUGUGGGCCCGUAGGGCCAUGCCCAGCCUGUGCCACCCUGGCUUCAGGUAAGUCGCCACGGGAUCCUGUCGGUGUCAGGUACCGGCAAACAAAAGCGCCGGGGCUCUUGGAGUCGGUAAGCUUGCCCGUCGAUUCACCAGAGAUGGUCAGGGGUGAGCUUCUCUUUUCAGGCACAAGCGAGCUCCCCUGGAUGCAACAACACCAGUGCCCAUGACCGAGCUUAACGAUGCCCCCCGCAAACCGGCGGCCUCCAACUGGAUCAGCGCGAUGCGGAGUCAGAUAGCUCCUGCUCCGACCCCGCGUCAGUGAUGGAAGGCGCACGCACAUGACUCCCCACCCUCCCAGUGCCUCCUCAACCAGGGAGCCGCCCGUCAAUGCCUGCCACACACAUCCCAGGCUCAACUGUUGUAUCGAAUUUCUGGGACCUUUUGUGCCGACCGAUCUGCCACGAUCCAAAAUCCAAACCACACGGCACACCCUGUGAUCGCCAAGAACAUGGCAGAGGAAGAGGCCGUCACCCCUGCGCCGUGGCAGGCUACGGUGCGUCGCAAGCUCGACCAACGAAAACAAGUCAUCCAAGGCUUCUUGGCUGGUGUCGAUGCCGACGCCAAGCUAUCUAUUGGUCCCGGAACCGACGUUGCUGAGCUUCUCGAAGGAUUUGAGCGUGGAGAUCUGAGCUGCGUCGAGACCACCAAGGCCUUCAUCCAAAGGUCGGCAACCAGAAAAGGGCGUUCCUUUCUCUCGCAGUGUUUAAGAUGUGAUUAUUGACGAGUACCCUAAACUGCACGAGGUGGACGUGACCCGCAGAGCAUGCACAACGCACGAUAAGGUACUCCCCAACGUCCCGCAGACAGAUAAAAGCUCUGUGGCAGUCUCAAGCCACGCUCUGAGCGUGUCCUCGGCAGACUGUUAACGUAACAAAUAUUGCCGAUAUCCUAGACAAAUUGCCUGACCGAGUUGGUCUUUGAAGAUGCUCUUAGUCAAGCGGUCGCGCUGGACGAUCACGUCAAAAAGAACGAGACAUUAGCAGGCCCAUUGCAUGGAAUCCCAGUAACUCUCAAGGACCAGUUUAACAUUGCUGGCGUUGACACCACCCUGGGAUACGUGGGGAGGUGUUUCAAGCCUGCUGUCGACGAUGCCGUCCUAGUCUGGAUGCUGCGCUCACUUGGCGCGAUAAUCCUUGCCAAAUCCAACGUGCCGCAAAGUAUCAUGUGGUGCGAGACGGAGAAUCCUCUCUGGGGGUUGACGACACAUCCGCUGCACAAAGGCUAUACUCCUGGCGGGUCAACCGGCGGCGAAGCUGCGCUCCUUUCGCAGGGAGCCUCCAUGCUUGGCUGGGGUACCGACAUUGGGGGUUCCAUACGCAUCCCAGCGCACAUGAUGGGUCUAUAUGGUUUCAAGCCUACUAGCUCCCGCCUUCCCUACAGAGGCGUCCCCGUAUCUACCGAGGGCCAAGAACAUGUCCCCUCGUCAGUUGGGCCGCUGGCUCGAAGCGUCCGCACGAUCCGUGUGGCGAUGGAGUCACUGGUCCGAGCCAAGCCCUGGGAGGUAGACGCGCGCUGCGCCCCGAUCCCCUGGCGCGAGGAUAUUCUCAAGCAGAUCCAAGACCGUCCUCUUGUCGUUGCGGUGUUGUACGACGACGAGGUUGUCAGACCUCAUCCGCCCAUCUCUCGCGUCCUGAAGUCAGCUGUUAAGGAGCUCCAGGAUGCUGGCCACGAGGUAUUUGAGUGGAAUGCACAUCUGCAUUCGGACUGUACCGAGCUAAUGGACGAGUAUUACACCGCUGACGGCUGUGAGGAUAUCCGCAAUGAUAUCGCAGCCGGAGGCGAGCCUCUCAUUCCACACGUCCAGCACCUGGUUGAUCGGGGCGACGCCAUAUCGGUGUACGAGUACUGGCAGCUGAACAGGCGGAAGUGGGACCUGCAACAAGCCUACCUGGAGAAGUGGAACUCGCUUGUUUCUCCCGAGUCUGGAAAGCUCGCCGACGUUCUCAUAAUGCCUCCGAUGCCGCAUUCGGCGGUCCCGCACGGUGGGUGCAAAUGGGUAGGGUACACCAAGGUCUGGAAUCUGCUUGACUACCCGGCCAUGGUGAUCCCUGGCGGAAACGUCGCCCAGGAGGACCUUUCGGCAGAGUGGGAUUUCGAGCCACGCAACGGGACGGACGAGUGGACCAAAAAGCUAUGGACAGGCAACAAGGAGGACAUGGCAUCGAUGCGUCUCCCUGUUGGGGUGCAGUUGGUUGGCCGGAAGCUCGAGGAGGAGAAGCUUUUGGCAGCCGCCACUGUGCUAGACUGGCUGUUGCGCAAGUGAACACAUUGCCGUGGCUGUACGAAAACGGCCGGUAUUAGACUACGGAUAUACAUUGUUGGUUCAGCAUGGCACUGCCCGCAGCAGACAUGAUUUCUCGUCACAAGUACAAUCUAUUGAGCCAAACUAGAAGGUGUGAAGGUCUGGUUCUGUCCUUUGUCCUCCCGCUGCGAUAUACUAAGAAGACGUGUUUUGACCAUAUCAGAGCUUGUCGAUCGCUACGCAGCCCAGGAAAAUCGGUCCAAGAAACACGCUUCCACUAUUUUUUUUAUCCCGAGUAAGGGACUCAGUCAGAUGCCUAGAAGGCUAGGCUAUAGGGAGUCGAAGAUAUCCGGUUGAGUCUCCCCUCGGCGUGACGAGAAGUUACCUGCGGCAUCGCAUCGAUCAUGGCCUUGGCGUUCGCAUGCGAACGAUCGCCGUCCAGACGUGCGGCCCUUCCACUAGCUUCUGGAUUCGUCUCAGCUACAGCUCCCGAAUCCCCAUGGACAGAACGGUGUUUGGUCUGUCAUCGCGCAGCCGCCAGAACUGUCGACACAGGCUUGGCAGGGAUAGGGCCUUGCCGUGCACGAACAUAGUCACGGGCAGCAGCGUCUACAUGACAAACGGCAAACGCUGGAGCUAUACAGAACUUCCUAGUCAUCACGCGCAGCCUGCCAACUCUAGCAGAACUGAGAUCCUAUAUUUAUCCUCCGUUUGUAAAUCUUGACGUCCAUUUGGUGCUAACUGCCAUAUUUAUUCGUAUCCCUCCCUCAACUUUCUGCCCUCAUUUUAUUCCCUUGAAACCCAGGUACAAGCUGAUAUUGGCCCAGUGUUCGCAUCGGCCAUUACCAUCGCGGCAGUCUACCUGGACAUGCAAGCACCAUCAAUUUAUC